AUGUCGGGAUCUGCCCUCAGCACGUGCCAGGACCAGCCUGGCCGUGGCCAACUCCAAGGGGGCACCUUGAAGGUGUUCCCGGCCCAGCUUGGCCACAGCCAGGCCCAGCUUGGCCACGGCCCACACCGGCCUUGCCCAAAUCCAAGGUGGUCACGGUUCAGGCCGGCCAGGGCCAAGGUGGCCGUGGCCAGCACAAAGUGGUCACGGGUCCACCAAGCUCAGGGCAGCACCAGGAGCACCAGUACCUCCAGUAACAGCACCAGUACCUCCAGUAACAGCACCAGUACCACCAGUAACAGCACCAGGAGCACCAGUACCACCAGGACCAGCACCAGUACCACCAGUACCUCCAGUAACAGCACCAGUACCUCCAGUAAUAGCACCAGUACCUCCAGUAACAGCACCAGUACCUCCAGUAACACCACCAGUACCUCCAGUAACAGCACCAGUACCACCAGUACCUCCAGUAACAGCACCAGUACCUCCAGUAACAGCACCAGUACCACCAGUAACAGCACCAGUACCACCAGUACUACCAGUAACAGCACCAGUACCUCCAGUAACAGCACCAGUACCACCAGUACCUCCAGUAACAGCACCAGUACCACCAGUACCACCAGUACCACCAGUAACAGCACCAGUACCACCAGUAACAGCACCAGUACCACCAGUACCACCAGUAACAGCACCAGUACCACCAGUAACAGCACCAGGAGCACCAGUACCUCCAGUAACAGCACCAGUACCACCAGUAACAGCACCAGUACCACCAGUAACAGCACCAGUACCACCAGUACCUCCAGUAACAGCACCAGUACCACCAGUACCUCCAGUAACAGCACCAGUACCUCCAGUAACAGCACCAGUACCACCAGUAACAGCACCAGGAGCACCAGUAACAGCACCAGGAGCACCAGUACCACCAGUAACAGCACCAGUACCACCAGUAACAGCACCAGUACCUCCAGUAACAGCACCAGUACCACCAGUACCUCCAGUAACAGCACCAGUACCACCAGUACCACCAGUACCACCAGUAACAGCACCAGUACCACCAGUAACAGCACCAGUACCACCAGUACCACCAGUAACAGCACCAGUACCACCAGUAACAGCACCAGGAGCACCAGUACCUCCAGUAACAGCACCAGUACCACCAGUAACAGCACCAGUACCACCAGUACUACCAGUAACAGCACCAGUACCACCAGUACCAGCACCAGUACCACCAGUACCUCCAGUAACAGCACCAGUACCACCAGUACCAGCACCAGUACCACCAGUACCACCAGUAACAGCACCAGUACCACCAGUACCACCAGUAACAGCACCAGUACCACCAGUACCACCAGUAACAGCAUCAGUACCACCAGUACCACCAGUACUACCAGUACCACCACCAGUACCACCAGUAGCAGCACCAGUACCACCAGUAUCACCAGUACCACCAGUACUACCAGUACCACAAAUACCAGCACCACCAGCAUCACCAGCACCACCAGUACCACCAGUAUCACCAGUACUACCAGCCCCAGCAGCCCCAGCAGCCCCCCGCUCGCUGCUGACUCAUUUUUGGCCGGAGCCUCCCGGCGCGGCUCCAGACAGGGAAUCCCCUGA